AUGCCCUCCUCAGCCCCCCUCAUCCGCUCAAAGGCCAAUGGCCAUAACGGCCACAACGGCCAUAAACCCGAAAUCCCCAUCAGCUACGACAUCAACAUCCCCUACGUCGACGUCGACAAACUCUCCCACAUCAACACCCCAUACCCCCAAUACCUCCCAACCUGGGAUCCAAUCUGGUUCGACCCCCUCCCACCUUUCGAAUACCUCGAUCCAGCCCUGCGCGUCAAAGACCCCGCCAUGCGCAACCUCCUCACCCCCGGCGUAACCGUCAACCACAUCCAACCCAGCAUCGGCUCCGUCAUCGAAGGCGUCCAGCUAAACCGGCUCUCGGACGCCGCAAAAGACGAACUCGCUCUGCUCAUCUCCCAGCGCAAAGUCCUGGCCUUCCCGGACCAGGAUCUGAUCGAUGAUGGGCCCGAUGCCCAGGAGUCGUUUAUGCGGUACUUUGGUAAACCCAAUUACCAGCCUGUCUCGGGCACGGUGCGGAAUCACCCUGCUUUCCAUGUUAUUCAUCGCGAUGGCAAUCGCGAGGAGAUUGCGCGCUUUUUGGACGCCCGCACUACGACCACGCUCUGGCAUCAGGAUGUUAGUUAUGAAAUCCAGCCGCCCGGUUAUGUCAUGUUGGGUCUUUUGCAGGGCCCCGAGGUCGGCGGGGAUACCGUCUUUGCCGCGACGGAUAUGGCGUAUAAGCGAUUGUCGCCGACGUUGCGCUCGUUCUUGGAUACGUUGAAGUGUGUGCAUUCCUCGGCCAAGAUGAUUGCGCAUACUCGGUUGACGGGCGGUUUGGUGCGCAAGGAUCCCGUUGAUACCGUGCAUCCGUUGAUUCGGGUGCACCCCGUUACUGGGGAGAAGUGCUUGUUCUUGAAUGCGGAGUUUAUUACCAAGAUUCAGGGCAUGAAGGAGCCCGAGGUUAAGUGGAUGUUGGAUUUCUUGAUGAAUCAUAUUAUUGCCGGUCAUGAUUUCCAGGCGAGAGUUCGGUGGCAGCCACGGACGAUCGUGAUGUUUGAUAAUCGGUCGACUACUCAUUCCGCGAUCGUGGAUUAUCUCGAUGAAGAAUACGGUGCCAAGGCACGCCAUAUCUUCCGGCUGAUUGCCCUGGGCGAGAAGCCUAUCCCCGUGUACGACGAAUUCGAGUAA